GUCCUAAGGCGAGCCGUUUUGCAGGGAUCUCCUUCGCGGAAUCUGAAUGUGGGCUACCCGCGCUUUCAGAACGCGGAGGAGAUGUACAAGCAUAUCCGAGGCCUCACAGAGCAAGGUGGUGACUUCACGGUACGAAACUUCGUGGGAGUCAUUGAGGACAUGUCUCAUCGAUUCGAGACACCCCUCUUUCCUGCUGGGGCGCUGGAUUUCUACACCAAGAAGAACAUGGGCUGGACCUACACCCAGGAGGAGGCCGACAAGUGGCAGAUGGAGGAGCGCGGAGGUGCUCAGGGAGACUACCGCGACGGUAUGCAGGAGAAGAUUGCAAACGUCAUUGCCUGCCUGAAAAGCGAACCCCGGUCCAAGCGAGCGAUCAUUCCCAUCCCGUUCUCCUCCGAAGGAAGCAAGACUGUAGACUGGACGAACAAGGGCCAAACGAAGUGUU